AUUUUUUUUAGGCGAUCACCGCCCGCUCCCUCCCCUCCCCCCUCCACCCUCUCUACCUUGCUCCCGCUUGUCGACAAUCGGACAUCGCAACCAUGGCCGACCGCUACAUCCCCGAGCACCGCCGCACGCAAUUCAAGGCGAAGAGCACCUUCAAGCCCGAGGAGCUGCGUCGCCGCCGCGAAGAGCAGCAGGUCGAAAUUCGCAAAGCGAAGCGUGAGGAGAACUUGGCCAAGCGUCGUGGUAUUGGCACUGGCGAGGACCGGCCCGGCGCCUCUUUGGGUGCCGCUCCCGACAGCGACGAUGAGAACGCUCCGAGCGAGACCCAGCUUAAUGAGGACCUCCCCCAGAUGGUCGCUGGCGUCUUCUCAGACCAGAUUGAUCUUCAGAUUCAGGCCACCACCAAGUUCCGGAAGCUGCUCAGCAAAGAGCGGAACCCUCCCAUUGAGGAAGUCAUCAAGACCGGCGUCGUGAGCCGUUUCGUCGAGUUCCUGCGGUCUCCCCAUACCCUUGUCCAGUUCGAGGCUGCCUGGGCUCUCACCAACAUCGCUUCCGGCUCGGCCUCCCAGACGCAGGUGGUUAUCGAGGCAGGCGCCGUGCCCAUCUUUGUCGAGCUUCUCAACAGCCCCGAACCCGAUGUCAGAGAGCAGGCCGUUUGGGCCCUGGGCAACAUUGCAGGCGACAGCCCGCAGUGCAGAGAUUACGUCCUGAGCCAAGGCGCCCUGCGCCCCCUGCUCAACCUCCUCGGGGACAGCCGCAAGCUUAGUAUGCUCCGGAACGCUACUUGGACUCUGAGCAAUUUCUGCCGUGGCAAGACACCCCAGCCGGAUUGGAAUACGAUCCAACCCGCUCUCCCCAUCCUCGCUAAGCUUGUGUAUUCCCUGGAUGACGAGGUUCUGAUCGACGCCUGCUGGGCUAUCUCUUACCUGUCGGACGGCUCGAACGACAAGAUCCAGGCCGUUAUCGAAGCGGGCAUCCCGCGCCGGCUUGUCGAGCUUCUGAUGCAUGCGUCGACCUCUGUGCAGACCCCCGCUCUCCGGUCUGUCGGUAACAUUGUCACGGGCGACGACGUGCAGACCCAGGUCAUCAUCAACUGCGGUGCUCUUCCCUGCCUGCUGUCGCUCCUGAGCAGCAACAAGGACGGGAUCCGCAAGGAGGCUUGCUGGACCAUCUCCAACAUCACCGCUGGCAACUCGGCGCAAAUCCAGGCUGUCAUCGAUGCCAACAUCAUCCCUCCUCUUAUCCACCUGCUCACCCACGGCGACCUCAAGACUCGUAAGGAAGCAUGCUGGGCGAUCAGCAACGCCACGUCUGGCGGUCUGCAGAAGCCCGAACAGAUUAGGUACCUGGUCAACCAGGGAUGCAUCAAGCCGCUCUGCGACCUUCUUGCUUGCCCCGACAACAAGAUCAUCCAGGUUGCGCUGGAUGGCUUGGAGAAUAUUCUCAAAGUCGGAGAGCUCGACAAGCAGGCCGCGGGCGAGGGCGCCGACGCGAUUAACCGUUAUGCGCUGUAUAUCGAGGAGUGCGGUGGCAUGGAGAAGAUCCACGAUUGCCAGACCAACGCCAACGAGGAGAUUUACAUGAAGGCCUACAACAUCAUCGAGAAGUACUUCUCGGACGAAGACGAGGCUGCGGAUGAUGCUAUGGGUCAGAACCAGCAAUUCGGCUUCGGUGCCGCGAACGGCGCUCAGCAGGGUGGCUUCAAUUUCGGCGCCAACGGCGCUGAAUCGAUGGAUAUGUAAGGAAGUUAUGGCCAAGAUGAAAUACGAUGGGCUGCUGGCGAUGCGAGGGACUGGCCCAACGCGCUCCGUGCCGUUCCGAAGCCGCCCACACCCCUUCGUUUAUCCGAGCCAUGCAACACCAGCGUUCCCGCCGUCCCGCGGCGUUCUCGUACCAGAUUGCUGAGAGAGAUGGCACGUCUAUGCUUUCGGUUGACGCCACACACCCCUUAUCCCCCCAAAUCAUACCCUCGACACAAUCCCCAUCACACACAGCCCUACAAGCUUUACCUUUAAUUUUGUUUUAUCGACAGCUCAACGGAAUGACAGCAUAGAGGGAGCGGCCAGGUCCUUUGGUAGCUU